AUGGAACGGAUUUUGAAACGGACAAUUGAAGGAAUAUCAUUGGACAAACAGAGCUUGGCUCGACUCGCACAGAUUCUUGACCCGGAUGACGGGGAUAAUGACGCCGUGGGUCCUGAGCGCAAAGAAGGAGAGUUGCUACGUAUAGAUGACGAGGCAUGUACGAUGGUACCAGUUGGAGAUACUACAACUCACUUCUCUGGGGAAUUUUCAUACUGGAACUUUUCUAUGCGAGUCAAAAACCACAUUGAAAACCAGAUAACUGAGAAUAUUCAAGAUCCUGACGAUCCAGGGUCCAGUUUUCCACGCGCACGGCAAUUGCACUCAGCCAACAAUCAUCUAUCUACGGCAAUCUCAGCAUGUCCCCCUCGCCAUGUUGCUGGUUUCUUAGCCAAGACAUUUUUCAAAUAUGCAGAGACCCACUACUUCUUUGUCGACGAGGCCUGGCUUCAUGAGCGUCUUGACUUGCUAUAUAACGACCCACAAAACUUUGCUCAUAAGGGGAAUGAAGUGACGAUCAGUAUUCUCCUUACAGUCUUUGCGAUCGGCACACAAUAUGCACACCUGGAGUCACUUCGCCAAGACUCAGACCGGAGCUCGAAGUCAACAUUCUCGGAAGACGAAGUGGGUGCUGCGUUCUAUCAGCAGGCGAUACGCCUGCUGCCUGAGAUUAUUGAGAUCUCCUCCCUGGAGAGUGUUCAGGCCUGUUUAUUAUUUGGAUACUAUGCAUUACCCGUUGAUGCAUCUGGUCUAGGGUUCAUUUAUAUCAAUCUUGCCAUGCGACUUGGAAUGCAAAAUGGCAUGCACCGAAAGUGCAAAAAUGACGCUUUUACACGGAAUAUGAUCGAGAAUCGUAAUCGCGUGUGGUGGACAGCUUAUGUACUGGAAAGGUUUGCAUUUGAAAUUGGUCUCGCUUCGGAAUCACUACAUGGGCUUACAUAUUUUAAGGAAAAUCUCCAUCUUCCAUGGCCGACCGUUAUCAGUGAUGAGGUCAGAUGUAGAUACAAACGUUCCCCUCCGCCACGAACUAUACCCUGA